UACCCGGAAGUGUUAGCAGAAACAUGGUGGCCACUAGGAGUGGGGCACGCUUGUGCUCCUCAAAUACAGCUGAAGCAGAUGAAACACAAAAUAAUAUGGAGGCCACCCCUUCGGGAAAUGUAAGGACGAGGAGUAGAGCUGCGCAAGGGGGCACCAGCUCACAGUCCGAAGUAUUGAGCGUUUCUCAGAAUGAUGGGGGGGUGCCUCCCACCUCUCUGUUACACAGCUCUGCCGUGAGGAGGAACACAAAAACGGCACAAUGCCAGGACCUCAGUGCCCCCCAGCUGGACUCCACCCACGAGGCCGAUGUGUCCGAGUCAGAGUCCUGCUGUUCAGAGAUGUCGGAUCGACAGAACCCUCCUGAAGGCCGGGUAACCCGGAGCCGAAGGAGGCGCACCUCGCCCCGGCAGACCGGCCGCUCGCAGAGAGACGGAGAUGCGGUGUCUGAGGCGGACUCUGUGUCUUCGUCGGUAUCAGCCACCCGGGAACCAAGGACUCAAAGAGUCACUAGGAGCCAGAGGAAGAGCGCUAUGUGCCCGUCUGCCAAACAGCACACGGAGGAGCACGAGUCUGAGCCAGACUCCUGCUCCUCCAACGUCUCUGGCCUUCAGAGCACCGUUGUCCGUCGUACGAUGAGGAACAGGAAGUUCAGAGCGAUUACGCCAGUUCACAUGAGUCUCGGGAAUGAUGCCGACUUAGAUGUUACUCCCACUGUGUGUUUAACUCGAGUUACCGUAGCUAAGCCGGCUUCUACCGGUGAGACCACAGCCUUCGACUCGGAAGGGUUUGAGUCUGGGCCAAGUAGAACUCCCAGGAAAUCCAGUCGAAAAUGUGUGUUAGCCAGGUCGCAGGGCCGUAUUUUGGCUUUAUCUGAUUCGGGAUCUGAAUCGACUGAUGCGUGCAGUUCUCUUGCAAGCCGGAGAUCCACAAGAACGAGGGGCACCCCCUGCAGUAGCCGCACAGGGUCAGCCAACAGCAACCGGGCUGUUUCGGUGCCGCAGGUCACACGUGAGGCUUGUGGGUCUCUAGUGGAGGCACCAGAAGCCAUGGAUGUGACCAAAUCGGUGGUUGAGAAUGAAGACGCAGUUGAAGGUGUCGGUAUGAAUUUAGAGAACUCGCUGAUAAAGACAAGUGAGCAGGAGAAGACGCUCACUGCUGAGGAUGUGGAUGGUUUGAGCUCUGAGAAGACUGUUGAACCCCAGGUUUUACCAGAAGUAGCACCGGCCAAUAGUGACAAGGUGACUUUGAGUGAGUCUUCACUUGUAAAGGCAAACCAAGAGGAAAAGGCGGAUAGCAUUGGGGGUGAUGUGGGCACGAAAGAGGGUUAUGACAUGGUUGAUGAUGCCUCUUCAGUCAUACCGAAUUUAUCAAAUCAGAGUCUUAAAUUGAUCUUAUCUGAGUCUGAUCAGAAGGCAGAGAAGGAAUCGGAAGAGGAAAAGACUUUGCUUGAGGAGCCUUCAGAUAAUGACACAGAAGAGGCUGACCACCACAAGGAAGCAAAGAAACCCUGUUUGCUUCUGCUGGAUAGCAGUGAAGAUGAGGGCGAUAGUGAGGAUGGGCGUUCAGUGCAGGAAAGCGAGUCAGAUGGUGACAAUAUGGACAAUGAUGGGGAAAACCAAAAUUCUUCUUCAAAUCAGAACCAGGCGGGUCCCUCAAAAUGCGAGGCGCCCAUGCCAUGCGAUGGACUGUUCGUCAUUGACACGCAGCCUGGUCUUCGAUUUGAUGAUAAGUACUAUUUGGAUGAGGAACAGGAAAUGAAGGAAAAUGAGGUGGGAGAAGAAGAUAAUGAUAUGGAGGAAGACCAGAACGAAGAAGAAUUUGUUGAUGAAGAGGAGGAUGAUGAAGAUUCUGAAUUGCUUUUUAAAAGCAAAAACAAAGCUUCGUUUGAGCUCUCCAGCAGCAUUGACCCAGGACUCAAAAUAAAGGAAUUUGGUGGAUUAUACAUAAAUUUCGACGGCAAAAAAUCAAAAGGUGUGUCCGAUACUUUGAAAAAACUGAAAGAACAGAAGAAUCAAGAUGAACUUUUGAAGAAGAGUGUGAUUGGCCCUGAUUUUGAAAAGAAGGAUGCUAUACCGCCCUACAAGGAGUCGCAGAAGAAACUGAAAGUGAAGCGCAGGGAGGAGAGAGAGAAGACAACUGGAGAUGGCUGGUUUAACAUGAAGGCCCCCGAGUUAACAGAGGAGUUAAAGAACGACCUGAGAGCGCUGAAGAUGCGGUCGGCGAUGGACCCCAAGAGGUUUUACAAGAAGAACGAUCGGGAAGGUUUCCCAAAAUACUUGCAGGUCGGCACGGUUGUCGACAGUCCUGUGGACUUCUAUCACGCCCGCAUUCCCAAGAAGCAGCGGAAGAGGACCAUCGUGGAGGAGCUGCUGUCCGACGCGGAGUUUAGGAGUCGCAACAAGAAGAAAUACCAGGAGAUCAUGGCCGAAAAAGCAGCAAUGGCAUCUGGAAAGAAGAAGCACAGGAACUUAAAUAAGUCAAAUAAAAAAAAGGCGGGCAAACCGCUUUAAGUGUGACUGUAUUGCAUCUGGAAACAGCUGAGCUGUCUCACUGAAUGGCUUCUGGAGUAAUAAAUGCUGAUGACUGACGUGUGCGUUCAGACAUUUUCAGUCUGAACAGUGCAUGCAGACCUAGAUGAAGCCAGAUUAACCUAUUCCUUUUUUAUGUAUCCUACUCUGCCCCCUGCUGGACAAAGCACGCAAUAAUUUGUAAACCGAACCAGAACAAACUGGACUCUAUUUUGUACACUGUGUACAUUUCCUGUAAGGGGAAUAGUAGAAGAUUUCUGAAGAUAGUGCUACUCUAUGACAUUGUUUGAAUGGGAUAAAGGUGGACACUGUUUCAAAGGCAGACUCCAUUUUAACCAGUUAUGUGAAAGAAUCUCUUUUAAACAAACUAUAUCCUGGGACCUUUAAAUCCCUCUUCCAUGAGGUGGCGCCGCUGUGAAAUGUCAUUGACUGAAUGUUCUGAGUUGGAGCAGUGCUUCUGUCUUCUUACCCCCAGCAGCACAAUAAACAGCCCUGGCCUGCAGGA